CGACUACACACAAUGUCCUCUUCGCCAACCUACACGUACCCGUUUGCAACGUCCCCCGAUAUCAUCCGCUCCCACCAAAAAGACGCCUACUUCAGCGGCGUGCUCCUCGAACAGCUCUCCACCAUCCUCCGCAAAGUCAAGGGCGCACGAUACGCGCACACCUACACCUCCGAGACCCGCAUCGCCAGCGAACUUCUUUACCUCGGACUCACCACUCUGAUAGGCAAUCGGACACUAGGGGAAGAGUACUGUGACAUUGUCCAGGUAGAAGGCGAACAUGGCCGCUUGCCCGCCCUCGGGAGAAGAGCAGGAUACAUCCUAAGCUGCGUACUGGGUCCCUACGGCCUUGCCAAAAUCCUACCCACAUUCCGCAAACGCAUACGAGCCAAACUCGAAGCCAAACUCCGCCGCUACUCACGACAGCACGCGAGAGCCCAACAGCAAGCCAAAGAAAGCGGCACCACGAAACCAAUCUCAACCCCCCUCAGCGCCCGCCUCCACGCAUACCUCCUCCGCAACCUCGACACCAUCACCUCCCCAGCACCCCUCUACGCCCUCUCCCUCGCCACAUUCUACUUUUCCGGCAGCUACUACCACCUCUCCAAGCGCCUCUGGAACCUGCGCUACAUCUUCACCCGCCGCGUCGCUGACUCGGACAACCGCGCCGGCUACGAAGUCCUCGGCGUGCUCCUCGUCCUCCAAAUGGCCGUCCAAGCCUACCUCCACCUCCAAUCCACACUGUCCCCCUCCGUCCCCAACACCGGCGCCCUACCCACCCCAGCAUCAUCGACAACACCAACAACAACCUCAGCCCUCGUCGGCGGCGGCGUAGAAGUCUCCCUCGACCCAAACGCGUACACGGCGAACAACGCCCUCCUGUUCGACGCCCCUACCCUUCCUCCCUCCUCCACCUCCGCGCCCCACGAUCUCCACCGCUGGACACACACCCCUGCCACCACGACCCCAGCCUACGACCUCGCCGACGGCAACGACUCCACCAUGGCCUGGAUCGAAGGCGGGAACCGCAAGUGCACGCUUUGUCUCGACGGCUUGAAGGAUCCGAGCGUGACUACGUGCGGCCAUGUGUUUUGCUGGUCGUGUAUCUCGGAUUGGGCUAGAGAGAAACCGGAGUGUCCGCUUUGUAGGCAGGCGUGUGGGGUUGCGCAUAUUUUGCCGUUGAGGGGGUGA